GCACGAUGGGGCUGGAGCUAAGCACGCGGUAUUGACUUCUUCAUUGCAUAUUAUCGAUGGUCUUGCUCUUGCUUUAUUUCAAUAUUUUAGUCAUGGGUGAUGUCGAUGUUGCUCUUGCUACCAACCUGGACCCUCAUGCAUCUUCCCACCUAUCCUCACAGGCGACCUCGAGCGCCACGACGCACAAGCGUCCGCAAAGCGCCUGCGCAAUGACCAAACAACCGCAUCGAAAAGGGAAUGUGAGUGCCUCCUUACAAGCAGCAACAUCUUCAUCAUCUUCAACCCACACAAGUAUGCAAAAAGCUGACGCCUUACUGAGUCGGCUCGACCUCUGUGUAUCCAAAACGCUAGAGUUUGCACUAUCGCCGCGACGAGCUUGGAAGCCCCUACAAGACUGGAAUUCAAAUGUCGUAGAUGUAGUGAAUACGAAUAGUAGUAUGAACAAUGCACUACAUGUACAUGAUCAUCAGCUCCAGGAGGUUUCCCUUUCCGUAGUAGAAGAUUCCGCAGCAUCAAAUGGACGUCAUGCAUCACCACGUGCUACAAGUCAAGAUCCUCCUACUUCUGCCUCUCAGUUGCAGAACAAGAGCAACUACAAGCCUUCACAACAUGGCUCUCAAUCCCAAACAAGUAAGAAACGCAGUAUGAUCGAUGAGCGUUUUAGAUUAACAGGCGUUGUUGAUCUGAAAAAAGUUCCUGCGAAUCUUAGGAGUCGGCCUGAGUGGGAUAGUCAACCUCUCGUUCCUAUGUCGAAAUACUCCCGUGGAGAUCCGUGGUCGG